AUGACGACGGCCGGCACCUCGCCGAUCGGCGUGGUACGUGGCUCGCCCGGGAGUCUCGACGCCAUGCCCCUCGAUAUGGCCCCACGUAUGCCCGAAGUCUUGCUCGUAUGUGUGAUUCACGAUAGCCCACGGCUACGAGCACUAUGGGGCGACGUACUUUCGCACGCCUUGAACCCCCUCUUUUAUGCCCUCUCCCAACUGCAAGGCUCGUCCUCGCGUCUUCUCAUCGGCGGUGUCAUCUAUCGCUCUGAACCCAAGUCGGAAAUCUACGCACGAUGCCGCCCCGGCGAGGCGGUCGCGUGCAUCCCCUUUCUUCCAGCACCACGGUUCCUCGCCCGUGUCAAGCGGACGUUGCAUAUGACGCCCCUGUAUGGCCUAGGUCAUCUGGAUGCGGCUGAUACGCCCUUGCAUGCAAAUGAGACGCUCGAAUGUGCCUUUGUCGACGCGCUAGCGGCCGCGAUGGAUCUGUUCCAUGCCCGCGAGAAACCUUUGAACCUCGCGCCGUUUGCGCGGCAUGCACUGCAUGUAAAUCGAUCGCCCGUCGUGGCGCGCCAUCUCUUGCAUGUGCUGGCCCUGGAUAGCUAUACGCUCGUCCGCACCGAGGGCACAGCCACAUGGCGCUUGCCUGUGGAAGCGAGUUCGUUGCAUCCGCGCAUCAAUACUCAGACGUCGCUGGACCUUUGUACCUCUCAUGAUAUCAUAUCCAAGCUGGCCAAGCGAAGCAUCUCUAUUGGCACAGUUCUGGCCGGUCGCACGAAAGAGGCUGAUGCGCGCGCGCAUACCACGCUCGUACACACGGCACAUCAGAGCUUGUGUAGCUCUGCAGAUGAUGCUGUAUCGAUGGAGCAGCUUUUAGGCGCAGAUUGGCAUCCACCAGACCACAUAUCUGUACUAUUCACUUCAGCCGAAAUGGCUCGACUUCUUCGGAAACGGCCUCGCAAAGCGGCUGGCACGGCCCUGGCCGACUCGCCCCACAAGCGUGCACGCCCUGCCGAGUCGCCGCCCGCCGUCCACAGCAGCAAAGUCGACCAGGCCGUGCUGAAUAAAAUUCUUAUGCUGCAGCAGCAGCAAUCCACAAUGCUCAAAAACCUCUCGCGACUCACCGCGGUGCAUACCCCGUCGUCACCUGGCACGCCCCUGCAAAUACAGACGUUGGAACAAAUUCGGCAGCAAUUGAGUGCACAGCAGUUGGCCAUCAAGCGGCAAGCGGAGCUUGUACGAUCUGGCCGGCCUGUAGACCUCAAUCCGAUUUUGCAGGCGCUGAUCAACAUUGAUAAGGAGGCCAAGCAAGCUGGGAUUCAGCUGAGCGGGCCCAGUUCCGGGCUCAAAGCGUCCGGCAAGUCGUCGUCCAGUCGCUCGGCGGCUCACAAACCACGGCUGGACGAGUCAUCGGCGCCCCCCUCCACCACCUCCUCCCGCGUACAGUCGGUAUGGCAAGGCAUUCUCAAGUGGUCGGUGCCCGGCGCGAGUGCCCAAGACAGUCUCUUCACGUUGGUCGUGGCUACGUGUGGCAGUUCGACAGCCCGGCAGCUGCUAGCGCUGCCAUGGCCGAAUGUUCUGACCAUCAACACGUUUUUCCCUGUGGAUACGACACAGUUGCAGCGCCUCAUUGCCGCUCAUCGUAUUCCUUGCGCCCUCCUAUCUAUUCGCCCCUUCCCUUCCUCUCUCGCUGUGCGUGGGGCAGAAAACAAUGAAUCAAACUACCAGAUGCUCUCGACGAUGCUCGAGCAGAAUCAUCGCGCUGCCUACGUUCCUCAUGGCGACCCAGGCUGUGGCAUUUUGAUUGUCUCGCUGCUGAGCGCUCGUGUUCCUUCGCCGCAAGGUAUGAAUGCCCCGCGUCUUCUGGCGAUGGUCUUCCGUCGCCCUAUUCCUGUGGCGGAGCUCAGUGCGUCAACGCCGAUGAAUGCGUCGAAUACUCGAGGCAUGAUUGCGAUACCCUCUACUACGCAGAAUACCAUGCCGGGGAGCACGCCAGGCUUUGCUGCGUCGCCCACGUCUUCGAUGCCCAUGGCGAUGCCGAGUACGCCCAUGCAGAUGGGUGGCAUGCCUCUGAUGAACACACCCUCGCCCAUGAUGCCCAUGACUUCGAUGACUACCAAUGCGUAUGCCAACAUGUUUAGCACACCCUCUGUCAGUAUGCCGACCGCUGCUGCGGUGCCCACUCAGACAUCGAUGAUGCCCGGAAUGAUGCCCAUGCCCAUGCAACCAUCUUCAUUACCGACCAUGCCCACUCCUUCCAUGACGUCCGACAUGUUUACCACUGACCCUUUGUGUUCCUUGGGCUUCCAUUGA